UGAGGGCGGGAGCCGACUGUCCAAGCCUAGGACUACACGAGCGACGUGGGGAGGUCGGCGGUCCCGACGCGGUGGAGCCGCUCACCAGCAGGAGGAAGAUGAGCCUUAAGUCUGAACGCAGAGGAAUUCAUGUGGAUCAAUCAGAGCUCCUAUGCAAGAAAGGAUGUGGUUACUAUGGCAACCCUGCUUGGCAGGGUUUCUGCUCCAAGUGCUGGAGGGAGGAGUACCACAAAGCCAGGCAGAAGCAGAUUCAGGAGGAUUGGGAACUGGCAGAGCGACUUCAACGAGAGGAGGAAGAAGCCUUUGCCAGCAGUCAGAGCAGCCAGGGUGCCCAAUCCCUGACAUUUUCCAAAUUUGAAGAAAAGAAAACCAAUGAGAAGACCCGCAAAGUUACCACAGUGAAGAAGUUCUUCAGUGCUUCCUCCAGGGUUGGAUCAAAGAAGGCAGAAAUUCAGGAAGCAAAAGCUCCCAGUCCUUCCAUAAAUCGGCAAACCAGCAUUGAAACGGAUAGAGUAUCUAAGGAGUUCAUAGAAUUUCUCAAGACCUUCCACAAGACAGGCCAAGAAAUCUAUAAACAGACCAAGCUGUUUUUGGAAGGAAUGCAUUACAAAAGGGAUUUAAGCAUUGAGGAACAGUCAGAGUGUACUCAGGAUUUUUACCAGAAUGUGGCUGAAAGAAUGCAAACUCGUGGAAAAGUGCCUCCAGAAAAAGUUGAGAAGAUAAUGGAUCAAAUUGAAAAGUACAUCAUGACUCGUCUCUAUAAAUACGUGUUCUGUCCAGAAACUACUGAUGAUGAGAAGAAAGAUCUUGCUAUUCAAAAGAGGAUCAGAGCCCUGCACUGGGUUACACCUCAGAUGCUUUGUGUCCCUGUGAAUGAAGAAAUUCCAGAAGUGUCUGAUAUGGUGGUGAAAGCAAUUACAGAUAUCAUUGAAAUGGAUUCAAAGCGUGUGCCUCGAGAUAAGUUGGCCUGCAUCACCAAGUGCAGCAAGCACAUCUUCAAUGCCAUCAAGAUCACUAAGAACGAGCCAGCUUCAGCAGAUGACUUCUUACCCACUCUCAUCUACAUUGUUUUGAAGGGUAACCCUCCACGCCUACAGUCCAAUAUCCAAUAUAUCACUCGCUUCUGCAAUCCCAGCCGCCUGAUGACGGGAGAGGACGGCUACUAUUUUACCAAUCUGAGGCUGGUCUUGAAUUCCUGAGCUCAAGAGAUCUACCUGCCUCAGCAUCCCGGAGUGCUGGAUUACAGACAUGAACCACCGUGCCCACCCUGUACUCAUGUUUCAAAAUAAAUGAAACAUUAUUUUGGGAAUAACUCUGAAACCAUAUUUUCCUUUCUUUAUUGCCACAACAAUCAUGAAAGACUUCUGUGACCAGAUGUAGGAGGUGGGAGUUCCUACAUACCAAGUAUCCAACACCAUCUAGGUAUCCUCUGAUUCUGAUGGUAUCUUCUUGGAAAUGUCAUCAGAUCCCACAGGAUGAGGGCUCAGUCCUCAAAACUGUCCCUGCACCCUCCUUUGGACACCGGUCACAAGUCCAAGAGAACUUCUGACCAACUAGCUUCAAGUUGGGGUUCCUACAACCCCCUCUUUGGGUUCAGUUAAUUUGCUGGAGUGGCUCACAGAAUUCAGGGAAACACAUUUGCUGGUUUAUUAUAAAAGAUAUUAUAAAGGAUCCACAUGAAGAGAUGCAUAGGGUGAGGGAUAGGAAAAAAAUGCGGAGUUUCAUACCCCCUGGGCACCACCACCCUCCAGGAACCGCCACAUGUUCAGCUGUCUGGAAACUCUCUGAGUCCUGUCUUAGGUUUUUAUGGAGACUUCAUUACAUAAGUAUGAUUGAUUACACCAUUGGCUAUUGGUGAUUGAUUUGACCUUCAGCCUUUUCCCCUCCCCAGAGGUUGGGGAGUAGGGCUGAAACUCCCAGCCCUCUAACCAUGCCUUUGUGAACAGCUCCAUCCUGAAGCUAUAAGACAACACUGGCAAACAAAAAGGCAAGGAUUUUUGGAGUUCUGUGUUAAGAAACAGAGAUGGAGACCAGAUAUAUAUUUCACAAUAUCACAAACAUGCAGUAAAUUGCCAGGGAAGAGCCUUUUGGAUUCAGUUUUUAACCAGAGACAGUAGACAAUCUGAGAAAUAUGGAAGUGGAGACCUGGAAGAGAGUAGAAAAAUGAAAGACCAGAAAGUGUUAGAGGUUUGCCAGAGCUGUUGACAGUGGAGGCAUCUGGGUCACCCAAACUUGCAGGUUUCCCAGCACCUUUGGACCUGCAGCCUUAACAACGUUUGUGCUUUCAUUGUUUAUCUCUUCUUGGCCUGAGUCAGAGUCUGUCUUCUAUUCUAUCACUCCAAUGAGACUGUUCUGGAGAAAGCAGGAAAAAAAAAUCUAUCAUUUACCAAAUCCCAUGGGAACUCUUAAGUUUUCGUCUUUCAUUCCUCUUAACAUUCUUGAUUAUUCCUUUCUUCUUUCUUGAACUUUUUGUUCCUUGACUUCUGCAGUUCCACUUCUUCCUUGUUGCUUUAUAAACUCUCUGUCCUCUACUCCUCCCUUGAAUAAUGUUGUU